AGGGACCGCAGAGGACUUCGACGAGGACCCCUGGAUGACCGUCGUCCCAUGCAGGGACGCGCAUAUUGACGAUUAGUGCAAGGGGAAUCGGGCCACGAUGGAGAGUCGCUGCCCUUGGGCAAGCCAAUACAAAUUCGCCAACAUGUUGGAGUUCGGGAACCUCAUCCCGCUGUCUGACGCUGUCCUCGGACACAAGUUCCUGAACCACAUGCACAGAGCACUGGGCUGCGUUAGCCGCCAUUUCAGCCGCCUCGAGUGCCACUACGUCAGGUCGUCGCCACAAACUUGGGGAGGCCCGCGGAAACAAGAGUUGCUGAAUUGCGGUCGUCACUGCUCGUUCCUGGGUCCGUACCCGCUCCGGUGCCCCGGGAAUUCUCCACAAGUUGUGUCGUACUUUUGUGUGCGAUUGAAUGUGUCCGGGUCUGAUUUCGCCAGAGUUCUAUGUGUCGCUGCGUCGAACAAGAGCAGGAAACUCGUCGAUGCAGUUGUGCUUGUGUCACUCAACGAGGUGGUGAUUAAGGGGUCCAAAUUCGUGCCGACGCCCGGGCCUGAACGUGUAGAUGGGUGGCGAGAUUUGGUUAUAGCAGGGCCGGUCCAAAACUUUUCGCUGCUUAGGGAGGUCGAGGAGAAAGUGUCCGCCAUACGGGACUGUAUAGGGAACUCCUUAGCACGACCGAGAGUGUUUGUUAGGAUGAAAUACAUGUCCGUCUUUUCGGAAACUGCAGCGGUCGACGAUCCGCUGGUCCGCCCGUGUGGUCCUGUGAUCUUCGUCGAAACCAACAAGCGGCGUAGAGUGCUGGGGGCAGUCUUGCGGUGGGAGAAUGCGAAAGGCAGUCGUCGAUGGUUCUACAUGAAAAAUGUCUACGGUGCGAAGGGGAACGUCGUCGCCGGUGCCAAGGGGGCGGUUCUGGACAUGUGUCUGUUCGAGGGGUUCGGAGCGGGUGCUGCGAACACCCCGUUCUACAACGACCUCCGGCGGCAGGGCGGGUUUGUUUUGGGUCGAGAGUUCUUUGACUCCUUGGAGGACAAGGACAUCGCCCUCGACGUCCCUUGCGAAGUCGGCCCCGACAUGGAACUGUCAAUGUCUUUGCAGCCAUGCGGCGGAUGUGAGUCGAGCGGGGCAGCGGGGGAGGGGGGGGAUCUGGAUUCCGGGGAGGCUACACAUGUGCAGCGGGAGGAUGCCAGAGGUCAGUUUGACGACAACGAAGAUGAGGCGACACCGCGUCCGCCGUUUUCGCCGUCGAGUGAAAGCGACAGGUCCGUGCUGUCCAUACCUGGGGUCCGGCAACAGACCGCAGCAGAUCCCGGAGAAGAGGGAGUCCUGUGUGGGUCUGACUUGGAGGCCGCCGAGGGUCAUGGCGCGGAAGGCGAGGCCAUUGGCGGGGAGGGAGCGCAGGGCACUCCCCAAAAAAGGAGGGGAGAAUGUCAAGAAGAGUUGGUGGGCUCUUCGAAGAAACAGAAGACCAAGACCCCGAGGACUGCGGGAGAGAAACGGAAGGGGAGGGGGGUGGAAGAGGGUCACCCGGGUAGCAAACGUCCAGCUUCGAAACAUAAACAGCCUGAGCCGGGACCUUCUUCACCAAGGCCUGCCAUCGACGUGGACGCCGGGUACUUCCUGGAGUACAAAGACGGCGUCAGGACAAGCCGGGAGUUUGAGAUCAGCCCGGCUCAGAUUGUCGACAUAAGGGAGUGGGAGGAUCUUUACAACCAGCGGUCGCUAGAUCUCGUCCUCGUGGCAACGAUAAGGGAAGCAAUGCGGUCUGCAUUCGAAAAUAAAGAACAGACGUACGAGUUGCCGGUCUUCAAGCUCGCACCACUGGGGCUUCAAAAACCGACUCCUGGGACCAAGGCACAACGUCUGAAGCCGGAGGAGUGGAAGGAUGAGCUGGCGGGAGAAUACUACUACUACUCGGUGUGCGGGCAGCACAAUGCAGCUGCAGCCAAGUCGCUGCUCAACAGUGAGGUCGCCAAGAAAUACAAUUUCGAGCGGUGGCCGGCACGGAUGGUGUACUUUUCCGACGACGACUUCGAAGGGUAUUUUCUUGUUAGUUCACAGGACAACAAGAAGGACCUCAAGGCACCUCCCAGACAGUUGAAACUUUCUAUGAAAGACAUUCGAUGGCAGUGGAAGCAUGACGGCUGCCCAAGAGCUGUGAUGGGGAACCCUAGCGGGAAACAAGAUCAGGUCCGGGCUUGGCGUAAGUUUUGUGCAACGGUGCGCCACAAGGCGCCUCAAAACAGCUUGUGGCUUCUCGCGGAUCAAAAGGAAGAGGAGGCCAUUAAGAAGCAAAAUGCUGCCCUGCGUUCUUACUUACCUCUGGCAAUAGCCGGGGAAAAUGUCUGGAAACUGGCCCUGGAAUUUUUCGAAAAAUGGGAGACGGGCAGAUUGCUGAGCCACGAUGGGGCGAACAGGAUCGUAAAAAAGAAGAAGGUCAAAAACGUAGAGUCUGGGGUCGCCUACAUCCACAACGACAAAUUGGGCAGAAUGGAGGUGGUGUACAACGUCCCCGUGGACGCGCCGAAUAAAAAGGGCAAAAAGGAGAAAGAGGAGGGCGAUUGCAUGCAGGACAUGGUGCAGCUGGUGAAGUGCGACCGCGUGCUGGUCCGGUUGUGGAAUUACUACCAAUUCAAGCACGAGAAGAGGGCGGACGCGGACUGGAUCCAAAGGUACCCUUUCCUGAGAUCGAGGUCUGCCGUGUUCAAGAAGUUUGAAGGUCAGGGGUUGGAUGACGAGUUGUGGGAUAACAGCAGGAAACACGUUUCCGGCUUUGCGCUGUUCAAGGACUGCCCGCUGUACAUGGGUUGCGACCAGGACAACUCGAUUGAGGUGACGGAGAAGUUGGCGGGCCACAAGAAGUUGUCCGUCGACAGGAGAAACAAGGGCAGCGUCUAUGGGGAUAUGGAACGCAAUCCGACACAAUUCGUCGGUCUUCUUGAUUUUCUGGGCAAGAAGGGAGAGGGUGUCGUGUUUCUUGGRAAACCGCACGCGCGAAGCGUCUGGGAGCUCCUGAAGGCCGGCCGGCACGUUGUCGCAAUGGAAGGGAACUCCGACCUCUUGCAAUUCRCGAUGCAGGUGGUGAAAAGCGAGGUCAAUUCGGGUGGGCACAAUUGUGAGUUCAUGGUCGUGAGGCCAACACGGGAUAAGGUGUGGAGCAACAAGACAGAUAUGUGGUUCAAGUUGAGCGAGAGGAAGAGGAAUAAGAUAUACGAUUUCUUAUUCCUUCAAACGCGUCCGACGAGGGACACUGACGCCGAGUACAUCCGUCGGAAGGACCACAUGUUGGCACUGCUCGACAACUACCACUUCGCCUCCCGCAUGAACGCGAAGACGUUUAUCGAAAGGCUGCAAUCGCUGUCCUUCGUGGAGUCCGAGGAGCAGUUGAAGUUAGCCAGUUACGCUUACCUGAUCUCCACUGACGACGACGAAGCCAUAGGUGUGGAGUUUGUCGCCAACGCGAAGGAGGAGGAGAGCGACACGGAGAGCAUCGACCUGCAGUACGACCCGCCUCCGGCGGACCACGGCCGAGGGUCCUCGUUGGCCGGUCCAUCACCAAGCGCUGCAGCCCUCGUGUCACCAUUGGCCAAACCGGCGCCGGGCACCAUGCCGAUAAAGUUGAUGGAGAGACUUAGAGCUCUGGCCGCCCCCCCGCCCGCUUUGCGUCCCGGGUCCGUCGUCCCGCCCGAUCAUCCGUCUUGGAAGGAUGACAACAUCCACUUCCUGCUUGAACCGCAACGUCAUUCACCUGAGCUGGAGUGGGGCCAUGACAUGGUUUGGCAUCCGGGAGUGAUCCAGCCAGCGAUACGAAAUGGCGAGUGGGUCAUGGCCGUGGCAAUCCCGGGCGCGGGAUGGCGGGAGGCUGCAAUUGCAGGCUCCGGCGACAGGGAAACCACGAAGUCCGCCGAGAUCCGAACUUCUUCGGGCGGGGUUUGUCGGCCAAGGAUUGUUGUGCCGUUGAAAGGGGCAGCGUGCACGGGGACGGAAGGGCGGUCCUCGAGAUUCAGCACGGGUACCGCGGAAGGGGACGAGUUUCGUGGGAGGGAAGUAGUGGAGAAAAUGGAGGAACAGAAGGGAGCGCAAGAAGGGGAGGAAGAAGGCGAAGAAGAGGUGGAAGGGGAGGAAGCGGGAGAAACGGUGCUAUUUGAUUUGUUUGAAGGGAGGGAGGGUGCCGGGUCUGGGGAAGACGAAGUGGAACACAGUGAGGACGAUGCCGGAUCUGGAGAGUCGUCUGACGAGUUUGGACAACUGUACGAAGAGCAUCACGAGGAUGAUGUCGACGACGAUGCCACGACAAUGGAGAUGGAGACACAAGUGGUCAGCAGCCUUUCCGCAGAGCCUGAAGAUUAUGCGGUCCGGCAACUGACGUCUGCUGUCGACUUGCAACACCGGUUCGACGAGGCUUCCGUCGCUAUCAGCCCGUCUGAAAAAAGUCGACGUAUAAGCAUCAACGAAGUUAUCGAUGGUAUCCUCGGCGAGCACAACGUGUCUACCCGUCCAUCCGCAACAGCCAAAGUCGCAUGUUCCGUGGCAGCUGUCCUCACUUCGUCGCCGCCGAAGUCUCUGGUGCUGCCGGCCACCCUUGCCGCCGAAGGGAAUGGCGAGUUCGGUGGAGGACAACAUGUGACGUCCCCAAAAAAAUCGAGGUUCGGUGGUCAAGCUCUCGACGUGCUCGCUUUGCCUGCGCCAAAUUCACCAUCGAAGGAGCGGAGAGAGAAACAGACUGGUAAGCCGUGAAGAGCGCCUGCGCAUCCGAAUGUCGCCGGAUUACAGUCCGCGCUAUACACACGAC